AUCGAGUUCAGUCAACUUAUUAGGAUUUUCAGCGUAGAUGUGUUAAACAACUUUAAGAACAUGACACCUUCUGUUUGAAUCCUCCAAUUUUUCAAGUGAUCAAAAAUAUCAAAAACUCUGUGAGAGCUGUGAAGAAAAACCUCAAAAACAACAGUCAGUUACAUCACCAACAACUUCCACAGGGCAGGGGUGAAGUCAUCACAAUCCACCUUUCAAAGAAGACGUUAAUUAAAGCAGACAUUAUAGAGGUCAUACCACAAGAUGUAUCAAACUCUUCAGCAGUAUGAAUCAGAAAGCCAGACUGGAACCUAAUUAACCUCUACCAAAGUGAUGGAAAGGACAAAGUGUGGAGAAAGAAAGCAUCUGCUCAUGAUUCAAAACAUACAAGCUCAUUGGUUAAGCAUGGUGGAGGUAGUGUCAUGGCUGCUUCUGGAACAUUCUCACUAAUCUUUAUUGAUGAUGGAACUCAUGAUGGUAGCAGCAGAAUGAAUUCAGAAGUCUACAGAAACAUUCUGUCUUCUGCCACCUCACACACUGCCACCUCAACACAGGACUUUAUCAGGGAGAAAAGUGGAAGGCUUUAGACUGGACAAGUCAAUCACCAAACCUUAACCCAACUGAGCAGUAUUUCAGCUCCUGAAGUGGAGACUGAGGGGAGAAACCCCCGAAACAAACAACUACUGAAAGAGGCUGCGGUUCAAUCCUGGAAAAGCAUUUAAAAAAAGAAGAAACCAACAGUUUGGUGAUGUCAGUGAGUUAUGCAAUCAAAUACUAAAUUUUAUUUACUUUUGAUCGCCUAAAAAUGAGUUGUUUAACACAUCUUGAUGUAAAUAUCAGGAAAUUAAAGUUGAAAUUCUGAUCGAUCAUCUCAUUCAUCUUUUGAGCUCAAAUUAAAAUGUCUUCAGUAUAUAGCAGAAGAAUUGGCCUUGCUGUUCCAAUACUUUCAGAGCAGACUAUAUCAAUAUGCUUUUUUUUUUUUUUGAGGGCACACAUAAAAACAUUUUACAGUCAGCAAAGAUUUUUUUUUGUCAACGUUCAUAGGACAGUAAGAUCAGCGUCUCUCAAACCACAGGCCUUUGUUCAAACAAAUGCAGCAACUGUCAAUUUGAUGGUUUGAAUGUUUUCCAACCACAGACGAGACACUCAGUAUGUUUACGUGCAUCACACUCAUACCAGUGUUGCUUCCGCUUCUGACCAACAGCUGCUUUCACACACCUUUCUUUCCACUUCUCACCUGCAAGAAAAAAGCCUGAUUGUUUCAAAUCAUUAUAAUGUGUUUAAAAUGAAGUCUAAAUGUGAUUAAUGUGUAUAAUGAGUCUAAUAUAUUUAUCAACGUUAGCACUGAAACCAUGCAAUAUUCAGAAUAAAAACACACAGACACAGUGAGAACUCCCCGCUGUAGCACCAUGACCCAUAAAUAUUUUAUACUUGCAUUACUUCAUUUAAAACUAAAAUAAUAGCUGGAAUUUAGAAUAUUUGGCACCUAGUGUACUUCUCUUUAAGUGCACUCACAAAUGGAAGCAUAUUAAAAACGUGGAUAUUUUCUCAUUUAUUUUCUAUAAGUACUUAAAUAUUUAAAAUAAACUGUACUUUACUCAAAUGUAUUAAAACAUUUAAAAAUAUAUAUUAAAAGUAAACUGUACAUCUCUUUAAUAUCACGUUAUUUCCAUGUGAUCCUUUCUCAUCUCCUGUAGAGAUAAUAUUGAAAGAUUUUUAUGAUUUGUUUUUCCUUUGGGCAUUUUUAAAUUUAUUUUUAUUUUAACAAAUCAUUGUACUCUGCAUAAAUACCCCCUGCCCCCCACCCCCACACACCCCCAUACAGAUACACCUGCAUUUGAUUUGCCCAACAGAUCGUUUCCUCUUUGUCUCUCGUCUGAUACACAAUGGUUCGGUUUGAAACUGUGUUUCUCUGUGCCAUGGGUUUUAUCUCAGAGACUCUGUGCUCUUUAACUUUGGAGGCAGAAGUUGGAGAUAACGUCACUAUUUGGUGCCAACAUGGUCUGAAACAUCCAGAAACAAUUUUCUGGUUUAAACACACGUGUGAUUCAGUUCCACUUCUUCUUGGGUGUAAACGUUAUUUGGUAUCAGCUCCAUCACAGAAUUGCUUGUUCUUUACUGAACGUGAGAGAAUAGUAAUGUCUGUUCAUGACAAGAACACGUCUCUCACAAUCACUGCAGUAACCGUCUCUGAUACAGGACUGUAUUACUGCAGCUUCAUGAAACAGAAUGGAGUGAACUUUAGAAACUCGACCUCUUUACAAGUGAAAGGUGUAAAUAAAACAUUUUCUAAGAACCCGGACAGAGCAAAAGAUUCAGACUCUUCUGCUGUGUUCUUCAUGCUGAAUGCGGUGUUUGGUGCCGUGAUUGUGAUUCUUCUCAGUGUCCUGAUCUUCAUCAUACUGAAACACAGAAAAACUCAUAGAGGUGUUGAAGGAGAAGAUAAUGAGGUCCCCGAGUCGGACUCGGUGAAUUACGCUGCUCUCCAGUUCUCGAAGAAGAAAACCAAGAGGAUCAACAGACAUGAUGAAAAGGUGGAUCCACCCGUUAUCUAUUCUUCUGUCAGAAAGAGUAACGUGUGUACAUAAUGAUAUAAGUCAUUUACUGUACAUAGCAGAAGAUGUUUGUGAUCAUCCAGAGUUGAAGGAAUUCCACCAUUUAUAAAAUCCUAUUUAUAGACGUAUAUAUUAUUGUUUAAUCGCAAGAGCUUCAGGAUUAUGUACAUUUCAUUUUUACUCUGAACUUUGUACCAGGUCUCUCAGUGUUAUUCAGAGUAAUAAAAUAUUAUUGUGCAAAUAGAAACAUUUCUUUUUCUUUUGUCCUCGUGUCUAAUCGAAUAACAGAUUUGUAGAGGCUCUGGCAGCGCAAACUGCUCUUUGUGUCACGUACUAAUGGUUAUAUGUGAAAACCGUGCUACCAUAAAGCAAAGUUCAUCUAGUUGUGUGUGUGAUAAAUAGUCUCGUGGGCUGCUGUAGGAUGGGUUGAAGUAAAGAUAAUGAUUAUAUUAUUCAGAUGGAUUUUUAUGCUGAUUUUUGUGAAAAGAUUAAAUGAAUAAAUUAAGCGUUCUUUAGCUGAAGGUAAUAUAAGCUCUAGGUUAAUUCUGUUUUUUAUAUUUCUGAUUUGUUUAUCAAAAGCGUUCUAUUCUAAGGGAUCUUUCAAUUAAAAUAUUUCCAACUAUUAACUCAAUAAACCCACACAGAAAAAUCCUAAUGUUAUAAUCUAAAUUUAAAAAAUUGUUUCAUUUCUAGUUUUUUUUCCAUUUGUUUAGGCUAAAGCAACUAUGCAGGAAAAUCAUCAUUAUAGAGCCUGGUGUUCAACAUUGUUACAGGGAUAUCUGUUAAAAAUAAAACUACUAAUCAAAAUACACAUAACUAA